GAAGGGAGACCCCCUCUCUCUUUCCUUCCCGGCCCACGCACGCCCUGGGAAUGUCUCCGUGGUCUCACCGGAACAGCUCUCUGGCCUCGUGGCCUGCUGCCCCCACCCCGACGCCCAAUACUGCCAACGCGAGUGGGCUGCCAGGGGUGCCGUGGGCGGUGGCCUUGGCGGGGGCGCUGUUGGCGCUGGAGGUGCUGGUCACCGUGGGAGGCAACUUGCUGGUAAUCGUGGCCAUCGCCCGGACGCCGAGACUCCAGACCAUGACCAACGUGUUCGUGACUUCGCUGGCCACAGCAGACCUGGUGGUGGGACUGCUGGUAGUGCCGCCGGGGGCCACCUUGGCCCUGACCGGCCACUGGCCCCUGGGAGCCACUGGUUGCGAGCUGUGGACCUCAGUGGACGUGCUGUGUGUGACAGCCAGCAUCGAAACCCUGUGCGCCCUAGCCGUGGACCGUUACCUGGCAGUGACCAACCCGCUGCGCUACGGUGCGCUGGUCACCAAACGGCGCGCCCGGGCAGCAGUGGUGCUGGUGUGGGUCGUGUCCGCCGCGGUGUCGUUUGCCCCCAUCAUGAGCAAAUGGUGGCGCGUGGGAGCCGACGCCGAGGCACAGCGUUGCCACUCCAAUCCCCACUGCUGCGCUUUCGCCUCCAACAUACCCUACGCGCUGCUCUCCUCCUCCGUCUCCUUCUACCUCCCGCUUCUGGUGAUGCUCUUCGUCUACGCGCGCGUUUUCCUCGUGGCUACGCGCCAACUGCGCCUGCUGCGCCGGGAGAUGGGCCGCUUCCCGCCCGAGGAGUCUCCGCCGACUGCGUCGCGCUUUGUGUCCCCCGCCCCAGCUGGGCCGUACGCUUCGCCCGCAGGGGUGCCCUCUUACGGUCGGCGGCCCGCGCGCCUUCUGCCUCCCCGGGAACACCGGGCCCUGCGCACCUUGGGUCUCAUCAUGGGUACCUUCACUCUCUGCUGGUUGCCCUUCUUUGUGGCCAACGUGAUGCGCGCUCUCGGGGGCCCCUCUCUGGUUCCCAGCCCGGCUUUCCUGGCCCUUAACUGGCUAGGCUAUGCCAACUCCGCCUUCAACCCGCUCAUCUACUGCCGCAGCCCCGACUUUCGCAGCGCCUUCCGCCGUCUCCUGUGCCGCUGCCGGCGUGAGGAGCACCAGGCCGCCGCCUCCCCGCCUGGCCACCCCUCGGGCACCCCUGCCGCACUGGCCAGCCUCGCGGAGUCCAGGCAGUGCCCACGGCUCAAUGGGUAGAACAAGCGGAUAUUCCUAUUUUUUGACAUUUCCAGUCAAGGUUUAUCCACCGGGGACCUGGAAAAAGAUACUGGAUUCUUACAGUACUUUGUGUCUCAAGGCUUUGAGUUCUUCUGCAGCCAGUCUCUGUCCAAGACUUUUGGCAUCUAUGAUGAAGGAGUAGGGAUCCUGGUCGUGGUGGCACUCAACAAUGAGCUCCUGCUCUGCGUCCUCUCCCAACUGAUGAAACUCACGCAGGCCCUGUGGCUAAACCCUCCUAUUACUGGUGCUCGCAUUAUCACCUCCAUCCUCUGUAACCCUGCUCUUCAGGAAGAAUGGAAGCAGAGUCUGAAAGGGCUUGUAGAGAACAUCAUGCUGAUCAAGGAAAAGGUGAAGGAGAAGCUCCGACUCCUGGGAACGCCUGGCUCCUGGGAUCACAUCACAGACCAGAAUGGGUCCCACAGCUAUCUCGGACUCAAUAUCCAACAGGUGGAAUACUUGGUCAGGAAAAAGCAUAUCUACCUCCCCAAGAACAGUCGGAUCAACUUCACCUGUAUCAAUGCCCACAACAUAGAUUAUAUCACUCAGAGCAUCAAUGAGGCUGUCCUCUCCACCAAGGGCUUGGACUAA